AAUAACAAAAAGCCACGUGUUAAUCUCACAUGAUCUCGACCAUCUCUGAUUCCCAUACUCCUCCUACUCUCUUUACUCUUUUCUUUACACAGUGUACAGUCUGUACCUGUGACUAGUGGAAGCCAUCAAACCCUUCUCGAUUCACCUCAAUUUCCUCAUUUUUCUUGUCCCCCUUCUUUAACCUCUAGUCUUCUCCGCACAACGAAAAAUCAUGCCUUUUCCAAUUCACUCAUUAAUUUUGUCCACCUCUUUCUUCUUCAUGUUUGCGUCGCGUUUUAGAUCUAAGUUUCAAUAAUGUUAAGACAAAACAACUCAAAUUUUCUUCCUGGGAAAAUCCGAAAACGUGGCUCUUCAUCUUCGCUUUCCUCGACUUCAUCAUCAAUCGUUCAGAAUAAUCGAUCUAAGCGCGCGAUUCUGAUUGGGAAAAGGGGGGGAUCCAGUACACCAGUGCCCGCAUGGAGACUGAUGCGGAAGUUUUCUUCCAAGCCCGCAUUACGCACCAUUGACUCGAACGGUGAAAGUGGAAGCGGCAGCGGCGGCGGAAAAGGGAAACAGCAGUUGCAGCAGCAGGUCUCCGUGAGGAAGUUGGCGGCUACUUUGUGGGAAAUGAACGAGAUGCCGUCGCCGAAAAUCAAAGAGAAUGGCGGUGGUGAGUUUGAUGAGAGGAGAUUGAGAAGAGAGGCGAGAGCGAGAGAGAAAGAAAGGGCAGCGGCGAGGUCUUUGCAUUCGGGUUCUUUGCCUCCGCAUUUGUCGGAUCCUUCUCAUAGUCCAGUUUCUGAGAGGAUAGAUCGAUCUGGAAUGGGUAGUCGCCAUCAAAGAGGGUCAUCCGUUUCUCAAAUACUUAGAUUUAUGGAACACAAUGGGAGAGCAUUGGAUUCUGUUAGCAAUGCCAGUUUGAUGGAGAUUGAGACAAGAUCUCCAGCCCAGACUCCUAAUGGAUCAACUGUUGGAGUUAAGAACCGUUUGAAGGAUGCUAGCAAUGCGUUGAUGACAUCUAAAGAGCUACUCAAAAUUAUUAACCGCAUGUGUGGUCGAGAAGAUCAGCCUUCUUCAAGCAUGUCCCUUAUCUCAGCCUUACAUGCCGAGCUAGAAAGAGCACGCUUCCAAGUUAAUCAGGUUAUCCAGGAACAGCGCUCCAACCAGAAUGAGAUAAACCAUCUAAUAAGGUGUUUUGCUGAAGAAAAGGCAACAUGGAAAAGCAAGGAGCAGGAAGUGGUUGAGGCCGCUAUUGAGUCUAUUGUGGGGGAACUUGAGGUAGAAAGGAAGUUGAGGAGACGGUUUGAAAGCUUGAACAAGAAGCUAGGCAAAGAGCUGGCUGAGACUAAAGCAUCAUUUCUUAAGGCAGUGAAAGAACUUGAGAGUGAGAAGAAGGCAAGAGUGUUUAUUGAACAAGUAUGUGACAAGAUAGCCAAAGGCAUUGGUGAUGAUCAAUCUGAAGUGGAAGAACUUAAGGGAGAAUCUGCUGUAGUUCAUGAAGAGGUUGAGAUAGAAAGGGAAAUGAUGCAGUUAGCUGAUGUAUUGCGUGAAGAGAGAGCUCAAAUGAAACUCGCAGGGGCUAAUUAUCAACUUGAAGAAAAGAAUGCUGCCAUUGAUAAAAUGAGGGAUCAACUUGAAGCUUUUACAGGAACCAAAAAGGUAAAAGAAAAAGGGCGUCUUUCUGUAAACCAACCAACCAAUGAGGAGAUUGCAGCCUAUUUAAGCAGAACCCAUUUCGGUUCUCAUCAGAAUGAAGAAAAUGAGGAUGAUGGAGAAGUAGACGAUGGAGUAGAGUGUGAAGAAGACUCGGCUGAAAGUGAUCUACAUUCCAUUGAAUUAAAUAUGGAUAAUAAUAAGAGCUACAAGUGGGCUUAUGAUCCUGGAGCUACUCAUGAUACAAGACUGCCUCCAUUUGACGAAGAGGCAAUCAAGGGGAGGAAGUCUACCUCUGGCAAAGCACCUAGAAGGAACACUUCAUUGCAGCGGAGCAUAUCAGAUGGAGUUGAUUGGGGAAUCCAAGCUGAAAGGCUCCAAAAUUCAGGAGAUGACUUACAGUGGGGAAGACCGGCUGAACCAGGGAAGCAAGCCCAAGUAAAAGGUUAUGGAGAUGAAUUACACGGGUUUAAAUCAGCAAAAGGUCUUAGGGACCAGUUUUCAUCCAUUUCUCAGAUGGGAACUUCCAGAGUAUAUGCUAGUCCAACACGUCUUUCACAAGAUCAAGGCAAUGUGGCUCAUGAGCGGCCUCCUAUGGUGUCUGGGAGCAUUUUGAAGUCGAGGCUAGCAGAGUCCAGAGGUGAUGGCCAGAAUGUGAGGAAGUUGAGAUGGUGAGACACGGUUUUGUGUGGACAAUGUGCUUCGUUCACAAUCCCCGGUAGUUUUUGAAAGGCAAGGAAGGCUUGCCAAUGGCAUUGUAGAGGAAAGAUUCAGACUCUGAAAAGUUGUGUUGUUGCUGAUUAAUGGUUUGUUUGUCAUUCCUGGAGCAGUUGAAGUUGAAGCAAUCACUGCAUCGUCGGUAGAAAUGUUAAUGUUUGUGUUCAUAGGAUGCCUGUUGAAAGCUGUGGCAAUCAGAUGAAACAUCUCCUGUACAAAAACUUCCUAGUAAAACUGAACUGUAAUCAUGCUGGAAGACCCUAAUAUUUUGCCUGCUUUGGUUUUCCUUUC